AUGUCUUUCUUUACCAUGUCAAUUCUACAGAAUAGUUUGCUUCCUUCUAAGUCCAUCCCUGACAUUUCAUUCUCUCGUAGUCAUAAGCUCAACAUCUUCCACCACCACCACCACCACACACCCACUUCCAAACUUCAACCUCCAACGGCCACGACCGACUUAAACCAAAGAUACCCACAAGCCCAUCUUACUUCAAUCGCCAACAGAACCACUAACCAUGUUAAUUCAAGCUCAGAAAUCAAUGACACUGACAUUGCUCACUGUCUUUCUCUACUGAACACUGACUGCUUGUCUGAUAUAAGACAAGUCCAUGCUCAAGCUUUGAAGCUGAACGCUUUUGAAUCAAAUAGUUUGAUUGGAAACAAGCUGACCAUUUUGUACUCAAAGAAUAAGGAGUCUCUAAAAAUUGCACUCAAGGUGUUUGAUGAUAUUCCUGAAAGAACAGUAUCUGCUUAUGCGGCGUUGAUAAGGGCGUUUUGUCGGUUGGAGCAAUGGGAAGAACUUUUUUCAGUGUUUGGAUCGAUGAUUGAUGAGGGUAUGCUCCCUAAUAAAUACUUGGUGCCCACAAUUCUUAAAGCAUGUUCUGCGAUGGAAAUGUUUAGGAGUGGUAAAAUGAUUCACGGUUAUGUGAUUAGGAAGGAAUUGGAGUCGGAUGUUUUUGUUGGAAAUGCACUUAUUGACUUGUAUGCAAAUUGUGCCGAUUUGAGACUAUCAAGAAAUGUAUUUGAUUCGAUGAAGGAACGAGAUGUAGUUUCAUGGACUGCCCUUAUUUCGGCUUGCAUGGAUGAAGGCUAUUUGGAUGAGGCAAUGGAGAUUUUUCAUUCCAUGCAGUUAAAUGGAGUGAAUCCUGAUUUGAUUUCUUGGAAUGCACUUGUAUACGGCUUGGCAAGGAAUGGAGAGAUUGCUUUGGCCCUUUUAACUUUGGAAGAGAUGCAAGAAAAAGGGCUCAAGCCGAGGGUUAAUUCUUGGAAUGGAAUCAUCUCUGGGUGCGUUCAAAAUGGAUAUUUUAAAGAUGCUUUGGAUGCAUUCAGUAAUAUAUUAUGUUUUCCUGAGGAUCCAAAUUCUGUUACAAUUGCGAGUAUCCUACCAGCCUGUGCAGGCUUAAAGGAUCUGAAUUUAGGCAGGGCUGUUCAUGGAUAUGCUCUGAAAUGUGAGCUUUGUGGAAAUGUUCAUGUGGAAGGAUCGUUAAUUGAUAUGUAUGCCAAAUGUGGUAGGAUUGAUUAUGCAGAAAAAGUUUUUGUCAAGGUGGAGAACAGGAACACUGCUAUGUGGAAUGAGAUGAUUGCAGCUUAUGUGAAUGAGAGAAAAAUGAAGGAGGCAUUAGAGCUUCUUAGACUGAUGAAAAAGGAUAGCUUAAGACCUGAUGUGAUAACUUACAACACACUACUUGCUGGGAAUGCAAGAAAUGGUCAAAUGAAAGAGACAUAUGAUAUGCUGUAUGAGAUGAUCCGGAUGGGCUUGAAGCCAGAUAUAGUAUCUUUUAAUGUUUUGAUUUCUGGUUUUCAACAAUCUGGACUUAGUUAUGAAGCUCUGAAAUUGUUCCAGAUCAUGCAAUCCAAUGGUUGCUUUCUUAAUCAGGUGCUCGUGGCAACUAGUCCAAAUGCUGUCACAACCACUGGUGCUCUUGCAGCUUGUGCUGAUCUAAAUUUAUUGAAACAAGGGAAGGAAAUCCAUGGAUAUGCAUUGAGGAAUGGGUUCGAGUCUAAUAUCUAUGUUUCGAGUGCCUUGAUUGACAUGUACAUGAAAUGUCAUAAUAUGGAUUUGGCAACUCAAGUAUUCAGGAGAUUAGAGAAGAGAAACACAAUUUGUUUGAAUAUUUUGAUUGCUGGCCACGUCAGUAAUGCACAGCCAGAAGAGGCUCUUGAACUUUUCAAUGAGAUGCUGCUAGAAGGCCUCAAACCUAGCUCAAUUACAUUUUUUAUUCUUCUCCCUGUCUGUGGUGAUAUGGGAGCUCUUAGAGUUGGGAGAGAACUACAUGGCUACAUCAUAAAGAAUCAGUUUGUUGAUGAUUCGAACAGUUCUCUUGCAAGUGCUUUAAUUGGCAUGUACGCCAAGUGCAGUAGCAUUGUGGAGGCCAAAUCAGUGUUUGACUCUGGAGUUGUAGAAGAUGGUGCUCUAUGGAACUCUAUGAUCUCUGCUUAUUUGAUUCAUGGAAUGGACAAGGAUGCCAUUGCCUUAUUUAAACAAAUGGAGUUAAUGGGAAUUGAACCUGACCAUACCUUUUCUGCACUUCCUUCAGCUUGUGCUCAUGAUGGUCUAGCAGAAGAGGCACGGAAAUAA